AGAUCAUAAAUUAUCAUCAUUUCUACAACAUUUAAAUUAAUACACAUAGAACAAGUUUUGAAAUAAUUUUGUACUUGCCGUUUAUUUGUACAAUUAGUAUUUUAAUUUAGUAUAUAGAGUAGUUACUAACAAAAAAAUGUAUUUACCAGUUUUUCUCACUUUAAUUUUAAGUUUUGUAACAAAAUUAACAUAUUGUAACGAACGUCCAGUGAUUGGAAUAUUAACACAAGAAAUUUAUUGGUCUCCUUUUAAAAAUGUAGUACCAUUUAAUAACUCGUAUAUAGCUGCAUCUUAUGUUAAGGCAAUUGAAGCUUCUGGAGGUCGAGUGGUACCAGUUUUCACCAACAGGACUACUGAAUAUUACACGGAUGUAGUGAAAAAAGUGAAUGGUAUUUUAGUCCCAGGAGGAGGAUGUGCGUUGAAUAUGAGCUUUGGAAUCAGUCAAUCCGCAAAUGAAAUUUUCCACAUUGCAAAACAUAUAAAUGAUGGCAGGGAUCGAUUUCCAAUACUUGGAAUUUGUCUAGGAUUUGAACUUCUUUUAAUCGCAUCCAUUGGUGGAAAAAAUCCUCUGAUGCGCUGUAAUUCUAACAAUGUGAAUUUACCACUAAAUCUAAUACCAACAAUGGAAGAAAAAAGUAUGUUAUUCAAAACAAUGCCAAAGGAUAUUCGAAACAUAUUACUUACAGAACCAGUCACAGCAAAUCAUCAUAAUAACUGUGUAACACAAGAGAACUUUACGUCAAUGAAGUUAGAUCACUUUUGGAAUCCCAUUACAGUAAAUAAAGAUGAAAAUAAUUUGACAUUCAUAUCCACAGUAGAAGCUAAAAAUUAUCCAUUUGUGGGAUUACAAUUCCAUCCAGAAAAAAAUGCUUAUGAAUGGGAAAGAAAUGAUCCUCAUAGUUGGUCAGCAUUAUAUUCAGCACGCUAUUUUUAUGAUUGGUUUAUCAACGAAUGUCGUCAAAACAAGCAUAGAUAUAUUAAAAAUAGUAUGCUAGAAAAUGAACUAAUUUAUAAUUAUCCUACUACAUAUAUUGGAAAAUUAAAUUCUGUUUUCGAACAAGUAUACUUAUUUGAUGAAUAAAAGUAUCAAUUGUGUAUUUAAAAUACAAUAAUUUAUGAAUAUAAAUAGUUUAGAGUAUUCUUCAUUCAAAUUUAAGAUUAUAUCUGUAUAUUAUGAUAAUUAUUAAUUAUGCUUUAAUAGUUCAAUACACUAUGCACAUGAGCAGUGUCUAACACAUUAACCACAUUAAAAUAUUAAUUUGAUAACUUAUAAUUUGUUACAUCUGACUGAUAUAAAAAAUAAAAUACUAUUCUAUCU